CUUUAUUAGAGGCGUGUCUGGGACUGGAGUCAGUCAGCCGACCUCACAACAGCCUUGACAUUUACACGGACGGCCUUUAACAAAACAGCGAACAUCUAGUAUGAUCAGAAAGGUGAUCGGGAAGUCGCUGGGCUUCCUGGGGUACGCCAUUCAGUACGGCUGCAUAGCUCAUUGUACAUUCGAAUAUCUUGGAGAAAUUGUGAUUUGUUCGGGGCCCUCGAUGGAACCAACCAUAAAAAAUUAUGACAUUUUAGUUUGUGACAAUUUGAGUCGACACCUUUAUUCCAUUCACAAGGGUGACGUUAUAAUUGCAAAGAGUCCGAACAAACCAAACAUUAAUAUCUGCAAAAGGGUAAUUGGAUUGGAAGGUGACAAAGUCUGCACUAGCAGCCCAACAGACUUCAUCAAGAGGCACACAUUCGUACCCAAGGGCCAUGUUUGGUUAGAAGGUGACAAUCUAGAUAACUCCACAGAUUCUAGAAGCUAUGGACCAGUCCCUUAUGCCCUGAUCCGGGGGCGAGUUUGUAUCAGGCUAUGGCCUCUAAACUCCUUUGGACCUCUGCAGGACAAUCCUAAUGGACGUAUAAUGAAGGAUUGACCGUGGACGGUUUUCUUUUAAAUUAUGUUCUAGGGAAGAUUUUAAUUAUUUAUUAAUGAUAGGUUGAUUUCUAAUAAACUAUUUCUGGAAUUUUUUA